GAUUGGGGUAGGUCCUUAAUACAUAAUCUCUAUGUGCAACAGGCGCUUUUCAGGCAUGCGUGGAGACUUUCCCCGAAGAUGACAAUCUCCGGAAAAUGUAGGGAAUUGAGUACAAAUUUAAGGCACACUCCAGGUCAGAAUGUUAGGGUACAAUAAUAUACAAUAGAUAUAUGUAUAUAUGUGUUAUGUAUAGAAUGGCAAUAGUUUUCUGCCACUGUCGUGAACUAUCUUAUCGUUGUGUUGUAAGUUUAGAUAAAGAUAGAAAAGUUACUGUAGUGUGCGAAUUGGUUUCUUUUGUUCGUUUCUGUUUGUCCAUUAGAGCUUUGGCAUUUAAACUUCAAUUGGCACUGCUAUUGUCUCGGCCAGGUCUGUCUCAGUCAGUGUGAGUGUGCUGGUAAAUCUUUACCUUUCUCUCCGCCAAGUUGUUGCCAAUCUUUUGUGGGCUAAUACACGACGAGUUUCCCUUAGUUUUUCACUAUCUGGACGUUGGGUACUUCCUCGUUUUCCACGCUGCUGGCUCAGAUUGCUUCUGUCUGUGUGAGUGGGUGGCUGGAAUUGGUGUAUUGUGUUUUCAGUGAGUGGGAAUUAAGCUGUAACUAAACAAAGAUAUUGUACUUCAAAAAUCAGAGUGCCCUCUCGCUCGCUCCAAGUCCGUCCCCCCUUUCUUUUUCUUUGCUCGCUCUCUCCAGUUCUUGCACCCCCGGAUGACGUAGUGGCUCUUUUGGCUGCCAUUGCUCCACUUUCACGGGGCUUGGAGAGCGCCGCAAGAGAGAGAGCGUUGGAGAGAGUGUUAGAACAUGGGCGUAGAAAGGGGUCUUAGGCUUUCAAGCAGUUUCAUUUUAAAUCCAACUGAUUAUCCGCUAUGAGCUUGUACUUAGUGCUAGUUAGUAGCAGCUUUUAGUUAGUAUUAGUUCUAAGUACACCCCGCUUUAAAACUGAGAGACUACGUCCCAGUGCCCCUCAACUAGUUGUUGUUACUUCUCUCAUGGUUAGAAGCGACGUUGGCUGGCGCUGCUUUUGUUUGGGUUUUGUUGUUGCCAGUCUGCGCUGGUUCCCGCUACGCCGAGGUGGGCUCUCUCUCUGCUUCUGGAUCCGUUCCCGUCAUCCAUUGCCCGUCGCCUUGGGCCGCCCCCGCAACCGCUCCACUCCGUGCGGAUGGGGAGAAUGCAACUGCCAGUCGUUCCAGCUCCAGCUCCAGCACCAGUUCCAGAACCAAAUCCAAAAACAGCUCCAUAAACAGUAAGAAUCCGCCAGAACAAUGCCACCGCACAAGUGGACGGACGAGUCGCGGGACGCCAGCUGCUACUACGAUGAUUCCGCCGGCACUGCCAACCGAUUCCGUCGGAACUCGUCCUCCUCGAAUGGAUCCGGGUCCGGGGAUCGCACCGACGACGAGGCGGACGACGAACGGGAGGCCUUCUGUUCCGGGGAACGGCCCCUGAUCCGCUCCAGCGCCGGAGCGGAGGAUACCGAUGGAUGUGGCCUGAUGAAGACCCGACACAUCUUCGGACUCAUGGGCUUCCUGGGAUUCGGCGUCGUCUACGCCAUGCGAGUGAAUCUCUCGGUGGCCAUUGUGGCCAUGGUCAACCAGACAGCCAUUCCGCACAGCAACUCUUCCGUAAUCGACGCCGACACGUGUCCCAUGCCAGCGCCCGGUGGGAAUGGGAGUGCUCCGAUCCCCAUCCGGGAAGGUGAAUUCGUGUGGGAUGAGGCCACGCAGGGCUUGGUGCUGGGCAGCUUCUUCUACGGCUAUGUGAUCACCCAGGUGCCCGGCGGCCGCAUGGCGGAGCUGUACGGCGGCAAACGGAUCUAUGGCUACGGAGUACUGAUCACAGCCCUCUUCACGCUCCUGACGCCGCUGGCCGCUCACUGGGACCUGCCGCUGCUGGUCCUCGUCCGCGUCCUGGAGGGCAUGGGCGAGGGAGUUACCUACCCAGCUAUGCACGCCAUGCUGGCGCAGUGGAUACCGCCGCUGGAGAGAAACAAGUUCGCCGCCGUCGUCUAUGCCGGCUCCAACAUUGGCACGGUGAUAUCCAUGCCCCUGACCGGGUGGCUCUGCUCGCUGGACUUCCUGGGCGGCUGGCCCUCGGCCUUCUACAUCUUCGGACUGCUGGGCAUCUUGUGGUUCGGCUGCUGGAUGUAUCUGGUGUACGACAAGCCACGGGAUCACCCUCGGAUCUCGUGCGCGGAACGGGACUACAUCGAACGCAGCCUGCAGGCACAGCGACUGAUGGAGGAGCCAGAUUUGGAGGAGGAACCCGAUAUCGAGGAAGAGUGCGACCAGCAGGAGAAUCGGGUGAGGUUGAGAAGACCUGUGGAGGCGGAGGGGAUACCCUGGCGCUCGCUGCUCACCUCAGUGCCUCUAUGGGCCAUCCUCCUGACGCAGUGCGGCCAGGGCUGGGCCUUCUACACGCAGCUGACGGAGCUGCCCACCUACAUGAGCAACAUACUCCACUUUGACAUCCAGUCGAACGCCCUGCUGAACGCCGUUCCCUACCUGACCGCCUGGUUCGUGGGCAUAGCCUGCUCCGCCCUCGCCGACUGGAUGCUCGCUCGUCGCUACAUCUCCCUCAUCAACUCGUACAAGCUGUGGAACACGGUGGCGUCCGUUGUGCCGUCCCUGGGCCUGAUCGGCAUCAUCUAUGUGGGUUGCGACUGGGUGUGGGUCACCUUCAUGCUGGCCGGCGUUGGAUCCUUCGGAGGAGCCGUCUACGCCGGCAACCAGAUGAAUCACAUCGCCCUGAGUCCCAAGUACGCGGGCACAAUGUACGGAAUUACAAACUCGGCGGCGAACAUCUGUGGCUUCCUGGCGCCCUAUGUAAUAGGUUUGAUUAUCAAUCACCGGGAGACGCUGACCCAGUGGCAUGUGGUCUUCUGGCUGGCGGCGGGCCUCAACAUAGCCGGCAACUUCAUCUACCUGAUCUUCGCCAGCGCCGAGGAGCAGAGCUGGUCGAAGGGCACCCCCCGGAGGCAUGCUGUGCAGCGAAGCCAGCGGGCUUGAUCGAUACAUACUUCCCAGCUAGAUCCGAAGCAUUUGUGAUAAUUCCAAUAUAUAGUAUAAAUAUAUAUAGAUUAUGGACUCGAAGUUUCCCCCGGAUGCACCAGAAGCGUCGUCAGUAUUUGAAGUGGCUUCCAAAAACAACCAAAUCAUGAUCAUGAGAAAUGUUAACUGUUGUAGUGUGUCGUUUUAUAUGGACUCUUGUUUUGCUAGACGUGCUGUUCUUUUUUUUUCCAUUUUUGAUACCAAUAUUUGUACCAAUCAUAUGAACAUAUAUAUAUUUAUAUAUCUAAGAUAUACACACACUCGAAGGAUGUUGCACAUUCAGCUUUAGAAGGAAAUUAUACACGGCUAUACACCUACCAGGUGUAGUUCUAUAUAGCGUUAAAUAUAUAUAAAUAUAUUAUAUGUAUCUGUACUUGCAGUACUACCAUAUCCUAUAGAUACGCCAGUUACUAAGUCUGUGACGAACGGAUGAGUCGAAAUAAAUCGCAUAAACAUAUCAAUUAUA